UCAAACUCAUUAACAAUUAAUAAAUCAAUCAAUCCUUGAAAAAGAACAAACCGCACACUCCCAAUCAAAUAAAUAGUCUUUCCAACUCUUCAAGGAAGCUUCCCGGAAGCUCACUAUGCCUUCCCUCUCAUCUCUCCAUAUAACCACCCCCUCCUUCCUCCCUCCUUCCAUCACCAACAAACAAUCCCCACCAUUAUUAUUAUACCUACUGCAUCUCUACAAUCAUGAAACUCACCGGAAAGCUCAUCCCUAGAAACCUCUUCAAAUCCACCAAAAAACAACCAAACGACACCGUUUCCACAUCCUCCUCUUUCAACUCCUCCAUUACGCCGUCGUCUCCGAAAUCCAAAUCUAACGGCGUCACGACUCCGACGAGCGUGCUUCCCACGCACUCUCACGAUAAAUCUACCUCUUCCGACGAUUUAUCUUUCUCUGGCGACGUACAGUACGAACUACUCCAGGCGUUUCGAAUCCUCGACGCAGACAACGACGGAAGAAUAACCAGAUCUGAACUGAAAACGUUAUUAAGCCGGAUCGGAGGAUCUGAACCGGUUACUGAUGAGGAACUGACGGUGAUGAUUAACGAGAUCGAUGCGGACGGUGACGGAAGCAUAAGUUUUGAGGAGUUCGGUGUGAUAAGUGCGGCGUUUGGUCCGCCGUCGUGUGACGAUGAGUUGAGAGGUGCGUUUGAGGUGUUUGAUGCGGAUCACGACGGUUUGAUAACGGCGGAGGAGUUGUAUGAGGUGUUUAAGUUGAUCGGAGAUGGAGGGUGCACGUUAGAGGAGUGCAGGCGUAUGAUAAGUGGUGUUGAUAAGAAUGGGGAUGGGGUUGUCUGUUUUGAGGACUUUGUGGUUAUGAUGGAACAGCAGAGAUGAUGAGAAAUGGAAUAACUGAAAAAACAUACUGUACUCUAUAGAUUGAUAUUCUCUGAAAUGUUAUGAUAUUAAUUCGAAUAUCAAAUUCUUGAUUUUUUUUUUUUGGUUUUAAAAUGUUUGAUUUUGUUUUAUGGGAGAAUAUUGUGUA